AUGGUGGAAGGGAAUGCUUUAGGUCCCACUACGGAUGUAACUGUACACGUUGCUGGUACCUUUACGCUUCCUCUGCACCAGCAGGCGCUGGAGACGCUGGAGGAUCCACUCUUACAAAGUGAGAUCAUGCAAGAAGCGGUGCGUUUGGCUAUUGCAGAGAAACUGGGUGGAUUUGAUAAUGUGAAUAUCACUACUACUCACAAGGGAGGAAAACCUAUUUUUGAGGCUCAUUUACAAUUAGCGGAUUUAUGUUCGGCUAUUGCCAAUGUACAGUAUGCAUAUAAACACGCGAUGACUCAAAUGCUUCGGAUGCAGGAGAUGAUUACGGAAACACUUCAACAUGAUCAAGAAGAUGAGGAUAAAAAAAAAGAUGAAGUAAAAGAAGAAAAAGGGGAAGGAAGUGAAGAAAUAAGUAAAGUAAUGAGUGAAAAGAACUCUGAAGUACUUUCUAAACUUGUUAAAAUGUUAGAAGAUACUUUAGAGGGUCCAGGGGAAUCAUCCCUCUCAGCAGCGAUUCGUACUCGAAUGCAUAGUAAUAAUGAUGAUGAUAAUGAUAACAGUAUGGGUAAUUUAGAUGAGGAUAACUGUGAGGAAUACAGAGACCCAGAGGAUGAAGGCUAUAUACCCUUAUUGGAUGAUCAAGAGUCUGAACCAGAUAAUGAAGAUAAUGAUGAGGAUGAUAAUAAUGAUAAUAAUAAAGAGGGUGAUAAUGAUAAUAAUAGUAAUAUUUGUUCUUGA